AUGCUCACUCUUACUGUCAAGUCAAUCCUUCACCAUACCUUCCUUUUUAUAUCUACUUAUCUACUUAUCAGUCAAUCUCAAUCUAUUCAAGCUCAAGUUACUUCUCAGCAAAUCACUGAGGUUCGAUAUGAAUAUGAUUCUUUCAAACUCUCAGCCGGAUACCCAGAUGGUUUUGGAAUUCCACUUAAACCUCAAGCUAUACUCAACGUAUUCUAUCCCAAUGGGAAUAUAAACCUCGGUCAACUAUAUAAUAAAUCGGAUGUUUCCACCAAGCCUACCAUCAGUGUCACUCCUAUUGCCGCCGCUGUGGAAGGAUUCAAAGCUCCCAAUGCCUUUACACUCAUCAUGUCGGACGCCAAUGCUCUUGGGUACCCUGACCCACAAGGAGGCUUUCGCCAUUUUCUCGAUAAUGGUGUUACCUUUGGUGACCCUUCCCCGACCAGUACCUUGACCGUCAAUGAAGCAUCAGGAACCUUGAUCACUUCCUAUGUUGGACCCGCUCCACCUCUUAACUCAGGAGAACACCGUUAUGCAUGGCUCUUAUUUGCUCAACCUGCGGGAUUUCAAGCUCCUGCCAACUUAUCAUCCGUGAAUUCUGGCCCAGGAUACUGGGACUUGAAGUCAUAUGUUACCACAACUGGAUUAGGCGACCUAGUGGCCGCGAGCUUCUUCACCGUCCAAAAUGGAAGUGCUACUGUUGCUUCCGCUACUGCUACCACCACCAUCAACACUUCUACCGGAUUAAGCUCUCCUGCAAACGUCGCAGCUAUCACAGCUACAGAUUCGCCUGAUCCGAAUUGUAACACUACGAGUUUUGCAAUAGCUCAACAUGUUAAUUUGGUCACUUUGAUAAAAAGUCUCGUUUUCACUGUUGGGAUAGCUUGUAUCAGUUUCUCUUUGGUUCAAUGAUUGAUUUGCAAAACCCCGGAAUAACUGGAAAUCCAUGAUCGGCUGCAGUCCUCUCUAGCAAUGAUUCCCUACAAUUUCAAUAAUGAUUUCAUUCCCAUUUUAUAUCUCGGAUUGUCUUUUGCAAAAAAAUAUGUACCACAUCAAAAUGUUGACCCAGUAUCGCUUUCUGUUUGUGAUCCUCAUAGAAAUUUUGGUUCAUCUGUGUUCCCCAUCCUUGGAACGAAAUGAAUGUUGUUUUCUACAUAAGACUAAUAUCAAUUGUAAAAAGAUUUUGAUACAAUGUCACUUUAUC